AUGAAUGCAUUUCUCGAUAAAUACGGAAAAGACACGACCACAAAUUUUCAACUUGUGAAAUGGGCCAAGGAGUUGAACGUAUCGCCGUUUUAUUAUUGCAUGCGAGAUGAAAUUGAUGAACUGAAAUACAAGAAAGGAAACGAUAACGAUGCCGUGAACAAGAAAUAUUUACUGGAUCAAAUUCAAAUAGAUAAGGACCAUGUUGAAAACAGAAUAACUGACGUGAAAAGAUACCUCAGACGAAAUAUUAAAAAUCUUGUGGACGAAACCAAACUACAACAAGAGUUAACGAGUUUGAAACGUUUUAUUCAAGUGGAUAAAACAAGUCAGUUGCAAAAUUUAAUAUUUAAAUUAGACGAUAAGAUUACGAAGGUAAAAAUAGACGUCCAACGUUUAAUAGAUAACCCAAAUGUAAACGAGGAUAGAUUGAAACGAAAACUAACCGCUUUGGAAAGAAAACUUGGCGAAUUGCUAGCAGAACUAGACAAGACCGUGGACAAAACCGAGUUACAAAAUUCGAUAUCGAAUUUGAACGAAAAGAUCGCGAAGCAAAAAUUAGAUGUUCAAGAUAUAAUUAACACAAUAAUUGACAAAGAUACGUUUAAACGACAAUUGACUGCUUUGGAUACUUAA